CUUAUGAUUCCCUUACGGCCGUACGCGGACUCCUGCGCCCGCCAUGUUAUCCAGACUGACACGUCAGAUGUGACCAUGGAGUCACCAAGUCUCGCAGAAUCUCUGUCCUUUGGAUGCCGAGCUUGAACAGAGCCCUUGCUCGUCGGCAGCUCGCCCUCUCCUCAGCUUCAUUGGCUUGGCGUGGCUGCAUAAGGCUGUAGAGUUACCGCCAAAGUCACGAUCUGACCUAGUCCCCGCGGAGCACGACGAGCAGCAGAUAAACUCGGUAGUCCCCGGUCGAAGUUGGCGAUGCUUCUUUCACCCUAAGCUCUCAUCGUACCUGGUCCGAAAUGUUCUCACUGAUCCUCGGGAUUCUCGCCAUCCCCUUCGGCUGGGCUGCAGCCGGGGGCGUCUGUACUGCCAAUCGCAGCAGUGCGUCGGCGUGGUGCAACCACUACACUUAUACGUGCACCAGUACGGCAUGGGGCCCUUCUAAAACAUCGACUACCACCGUCACGGUCACGACUGUUGGAUCAAGCACCAUAACCACCACUUCAUGCGGGAUCUCACCCCUCACCACGGUGACGUCUGUUGCCGGGGCCACAACCAAAGCGAAGCGAAGCGCGCCUUCCAAACCAAAUUGUCUCGCACAAUACAAUAGCGGGCCCGAAAUCUCGUCGGCUUGUAAGAAUGGUGGCUGGCCGGUGCACGAAACCACAUGGUGGUGGCAUCACACCGGUCCUGCCAAAACGGUCACGAAAACAAAGACGGUGACCGGCACUGUCGUUGUCGAAUCUCCAAUCGUCAACUUCCUACUUAUGGCCUUCGGCUCCGGAACGAGCGCAGAUGGACAGUACGCUUCCGUCGAUUCGGGCCAUCCCAAUUUCAACAAAAGUGAAGAGCAUGAUCCAACCUCCUUCACGCUGUCUGGCACUUCUCUGAUCGAGCAGUCCGGAGGUUAUCAUACAACUGCGGACGAAAUCGCGAUGCAAGGGGCCGGAGAUACCGCGGUCGAGUUUUUUUCCGAUCCCAGUGACGACAACGUCUUGGAAUGCACUCCCGAGUCAGUGAACGGCGACUGCACGCUCGCCUGCACUGUUGCCGGCAACUCGGUGGAUUAUCUGUGCGCCGGCGGUGAUGGUGAAGCGGCGUGGUAUAUUGGAACGGCUGUCGAAUCAGGCUGCACGAGCUUCACGCCGUCGGUGGUCCCUGUUUCUGCUGUUGUUCCAUACACCCAGUCGAUGCUGGCCCGGGCUGUUGCUACCCCAGCCGCGUAACCUCGUGGAUGACUGUCUCAUUAGUCUAUCCUCUCCUUUGAUUCGGGGUUAGCUGCAAAGUACAUAUCGUCCAAGGAUUACGUUUGGUAUCAACGGAAUUGCUACCGGUUGCGCGUGCAGUCGGCCAGAGGAGAUGGAAUGAUUUGACUCCAGCCUUACGCUGCAGUGAUUGUGAUUUGUUCGUGCAGAGUCCACUAUUCGCAGACGCAUAUGAGAUCGUCUUCACUCGAGUUUCAGGUGUUUCCGGAGCCACGGAAGGCAUGUGAAGCAGUCCGGACAGAGCAGCAGUUGUAACCGGAGCCACCGUAUACGUCACAAGUCGAAGUGCUGGACCAGCGAAUCAAGAGGCUGCAUAGCGGCCAAUCGAAGAUGCGUGGGAUGCUUGCGUACCGGCAUUCCGUUGAACGCCGGUUGCCGACUCUCCGAUUCAUCAUCAAGGCAAAAGGCAGGGAGACGGCGGGCGAUGAUCA